AUACGUUUUCCCGUUUCUCCUUUAUUUUAUUCAGUUUUUUUUUUCUGUUUAUAUUUUUCGGGUCGCGUAAAACCCUAAAUCAAAAACUUGGAUUCUUCUCCUUCGAUCAAAGGAUUCUUAAAUGGCAGACACUAAUGCAUCUGAAGAAACCACCAUUGAUGCUUCUAAGGAGCAAUAUGAAACAGUCGAUGAGAUGCUUGCUAGACACAGGCAAGAGAUAAAACAACUACAGAACAAGGAGACGGAGCUGAAAAAGGCUGCUGCAAAAGGAAGCAAAGCUGAGCAGAAAGCUAAGAAGAAGCAAGUCGAAGAAGACAUCUCCAAACUCUCCACCAAGCUUAAGGAGAAACAGCUGAAAGAGCUCGCCUCGCAAGGCUUCAGCAGCAGCGGCAGCAACAUCUCCAAGGACGAAACGAACGAGAAGAAAGGAGAUAUAGAGACUCUAGUGAGAGCCAUCGCUGGAGUCUCAGUCACCGUUCAGCAAGAACACUCGAAGCCGAGCAAGAGCGUGAAGAGACGCGAGAAACGAGCCAAAGAAGAAGCUGAUAGAGAGCAGAGAAUCAAAGAGGAGCAGAGCAACGUGACAAGCGAUCGCAUGGUGGAGAACCAAAAGCUCGAGAAGAAGCUUAAACCCUUGGGGCUAACCGUCAGCGAGAUCAAACCAGACGGGCAUUGCCUUUACAGAGCGGUGGAAAACCAGCUCGCCAGUCUCUCGGGCGGUGCGUCUCCUUACACGUACCAGAACCUUAGAGAAAUGGCUGCUGCUUACAUGAGAGAGUACAAAACCGACUUCAUCCCGUUUUUCUUAUCGGAAACCGAGUCUGCGGAGGAGCGGUUUGAGAAGUACUGCAGAGAAGUGGAGUCAACAGCUGCUUGGGGAGGUCAGUUGGAGCUAGGAGCGUUGACGCAUUGUUUGAGGAAACACAUAAUGGUGUUUUCUGGAUCGUUUCCGGAUGUUGAAAUGGGCAAAGAGUAUAAAUCCGGGAACGGCUCGAGCCUCAAGUUGUCGUAUCACAGGCAUGCUUUUGGGCUCGGUGAACAUUAUAACUCUGUUGUGGUCGUCAACAACAUCACCGCAUGAUGAUGGGACUUUCUCUCAAGCACUCAAGACAAUCUAUACUUUUGUUUGUAUCACAAGUUUUCAAGAUUUACUGAAAUUCUAUUGGCUUUCAAACUGUAACUUCAAUUUUUUUUUCAUUACAGAACACAUGAAUGUAGCUGUAGCUGUUCUAAUGUAUGACCUUUGGAAAAUUCUGGAGCUAAUUCGUUUUUGGGGUUCUA